CUUCUUGCCGCCCGAGAUGCAGAAGCUCUUGGAGAGCGGUCGGGCACUCAACAGUGACGACUCGGACGACGACGACGACAUUCACCGUGGCCCGGCGAAGAAGAAGGCCAAGGUCGAGCCAAGAUCCGUGGCGCCCGACCCGGCCGGGCUCCUCGGGUUCCUCCCAGCACCAAAGGUCGCGCUGCCAGCGCCGCCGUCGCCGAAAGUCAAGAAGCCGCUUCCUCCCGUGCAGCACGACGCAUCAUCCUCGGCGAGCGCGGUCGGAGCGUCCACCGCCGCCUCGCACCUCUACGUGCCGACGAUCGAAGACGAUGGAGACGAUGGCGACGACGACCAGCACAUGCAGAGCAAGCGCGUGCGCAACAAGGAACGCCAGCUCGAGCGCAUGCUCCAGCAAGGCAAGUUUGACGCGGUCGCUGGGCAGGUCGUGGAAGUCCAGGCCGUGGCGCCAGGUGCCUGGAAGCCGCCUAUCGAUGGCUCGACGGUCUUUGCCAGCGAUCGCGAAGCGCAAGUCCUCGCCGAGAUGGCGGGGACCGAGACAGAGAACGGCUACGUCGUCGCGUCGUACCGCCCGUCGAGACUCCAGCGGCAGCGCCACCAGCUCAACCAGCUCACAUUUGACGCCAAGCUCCGCGAAUUUGAUCUCCAGGACAAGAAGGGUCUCGCCCUCAAAUCCAAGCGCGAAACCCAAGCCAAGUACGGGUGGUAAUAAAGCCACAUUUUUGCUUGUCC